AUGAGAGUGAAUGCGAAGGGAAGGGUUCGCCCAACAACACUUCUACUUGACACUCCCUUAAUUCUCCCUUAAUCUCUUAAAAAAAACAGACGGUGCUGGCGUUUUGGGAGAUCAGGAAGACCAGCCGCACCGCCCUUGGGAGAUGUCACUCUGAGUAUGGAAGAGUCGUCACAAGGCAAGAAGAUCGAGAGCAUCGGGAGGAUGACGGCCCUGACGCAGGAGGAGGUGGUGUCCCACACGCGGACGGUGGUGCAGGGGUUGGAGGCCCUGCGGAAUGAGCACAACUCCAUCCUGACGGGCAUCAACAACUCCAUCACCUCCGCCCAGCACCACCCGCCGGACUCCAAUGUCUUCUCGGAGAAGGCCGGCAUCAUACAGAAGUCCCUCGACCAGAUCGAGCUCGGGCUCUCCGAGGCUCAGAUUAUGCUGGCACUUGCCUCCCACCUGCAGACGGUCGAGGCUGAGAAACAGAAGCUGCGCGCACAGGUCCGGCGACUCUGCCAGGAGAACGCGUGGCUUCGGGACGAGCUGGCCUCCACCCAGCAGAAGCUGCAGGCCUCCGAGCAGCAUGUGGCACAGCUGGAGGAAGACAAAAAGCACCUCGAGUUCAUGUCCACCAUCAAGAAGUAUGAUGCGGACGUACAGGACUCAGAGUCAUCAAUGGAGGAAAAGAAAGACAAAAGUGAUGAUCCCGUUGUAGACCUAUUUCCAGACGACGAUGCAGAUGACAGGGCUGGUUUAAAGAGAAGCGGGGAUUUUGGUUCUCAGGCGUCUUUAGCUGCCAUGUCCCCUACUCCACCGUCCCAGUUCGCACAGCAGGUGAAUGCUGGUUAUGAAAUACCAGCUCGUCUUCGUACUUUGCACAAUCUAGUAAUCCAAUAUGCCUCACAAGGACGCUACGAGGUGGCAGUUCCUCUGUGUAAACAAGCACUGGAGGACCUUGAGAAGACCUCCGGACAUGACCAUCCUGAUGUGGCAACUAUGCUCAAUAUCCUGGCUCUUGUCUACAGGGACCAGAAUAAAUACAAAGAGGCAGCGAACCUCCUAAAUGAUGCGCUCGCCAUCCGGGAGAAGACCUUGGGGGAGAACCACCCAGCAGUCGCAGCUACCCUAAAUAACCUAGCUGUGUUAUACGGAAAGCGAGGCAAAUACAAGGAGGCCGAGCCUCUGUGCAAGCGAGCCCUGGAGAUCCGCGAAAAGGUGUUAGGCCGCGACCACCCUGACGUGGCCAAGCAACUCAACAACUUAGCCUUACUUUGUCAGAACCAGAUCUCUCAGGAGGAGCGUAGAGGGGUGCCUAAGGAGGAGCUUCUCGGCAAAUACGAAGAAGUAGAGCGCUAUUACCAGCGAGCGUUAGAAAUUUACGAAUCGAAGUUGGGUCCCGACGACCCCAAUGUAGCCAAGACGAAGAACAACCUGGCCUCAGCGUACCUCAAGCAAGGAAAGUACAAGGAGGCCGAGAUCUUGUACAAGCAGGUUCUCACAAGGGCUCACGAGAGGGAGUUUGGUGCCAUUGACGGCGACAACAAACCCAUCUGGCAGGUGGCAGAGGAGCGUGAGGAGAACAAGAACAAGGUGAAGGACUCGGCUCCCUACGGCGAGUACGGCGGCUGGCACAAGGCGGCCAAGGUUGACUCGCCAACCGUGACCACCACCCUGAAGAACCUGGGUGCCCUCUACCGGCGCCAGGGCAAGUACGAGGCGGCCGAGACCCUGGAGGAUUGCGCCAUCCGGUCACGUAAGGAGGCCGUCAAUCUGGUCAAGGACGGGAUGACGCCAGAGGGAAGCCGACGACUCUCAGCCUCAAGGGACAGACUCCGCAGGGGGUCACGAGAGUCCCUCAACUCAGCUGAGUUCGAUGCCAACGACGAUCCCCCAAACUUCCCUUCCCCCAUGGGGUCUACCACUUCACAAAGAUCGCAAGAAGACGCACGCCACACCGGUAUUAAAAAAAUCUUCCACGCUUUCGGCUUUCAGUCCUGAAUGAAGCACAAGCAGAAUGCGCCCAAUCCACGCCUGUCUUGGACUCUUUGCGAGACGCUGGCUGGUGGCUGGUAGUGUGUAGAACCCCCCUCCCCCCCAUAGCCUGUACCCUUUGACCUGUAGUCUCGUGUCUUGUGGUGUGUCCAAGCUCUGAAGUGUUGAGAGUAUUACAGUUCAAAGUGCUGGGAAAAAAAGAAAAAUCUUUUGAGUUUUGGUUAUGUUUAUAUGGAAAUCAUUAAGACUAGUGAUGUAUAUUUUUUUGCUGAUAGUUUCCAUUGAAAUUUAUUGUUCAAUUAUAUAGAUAUACUGUUUUAUGAAUUGGAUUUUUCUUUAAGUAAUACCAUACACUCAGAUAUACAUUUAGCUUAUGACAGCCUUCAAAUGUGUAUGCAUUGGCUUGGGCACAUGGUAGAGCCAGAUACACGUCAGUCUAUCUCGCAGAGCUAUUGCAGAGGUUUUUGUGGGAAGGAAAAUGAUAAUAGAACUUGUUAAAAUUCUAAUGAUUUGUCAUUUUUAUUCAGUUUUGGAUGCAAUUACGUAAAGUGUCACGGUGGCAACAGUUCUACAAAAUCUCUCAUUGUCAUUUUCCUUUACCCCACUUUUGAGCAUUUUAUAUUUUGUUAACAAUAUUUUUCUUCAUUUGUGUAGAUUGCCUGUAAAUAUCAGCAUGGUUACAUGUUAUAGAGCUUCCCCCCUCAGUAGAGGAAACAACCAUUUCCAACAUGAAUGAGCCACAACCACAAAGCACAUGCAAGUACAGUCAGUCAGUCAAACACCAGCCUCCCCAGCGUCGAGAAUUUUUUGUGUUUUGGCAGAAAAGGUAAAAGAGAACUCGAAAGAGAGGCUAGUGAUAGAGAACAACAAAAAAUGAAAAAAAAUAAAAAAUAAAAAAAGAAAAAUUGCCAGUCAAUGAUAUAGGUUUUGAGCCUUUUUUUUGUAUACUUAAUUGUAGUAGUUUGGCCUGUAGAAGAAGCCCAAAUUUUGUUAAACUGUGAAGGUUCAUUUUAAUGAAAGAACUCAAAUUGAAGCUUUUUGCAAUGUUAGAUUCCAGUUUUUUUAUAUGUGUUAGUUUAUUUUAUCCACAUGAUUUUUACAUGCACAUAAUGACUAGUUGCACUUAAGAGUAAUAAAAAAAAAAAUAAAAAAAUGUAUUCUGAGUUCAGAUGAAAAAGCAUUUUCCAUAUGGGCAAAAAAAAAAUCUCUCCCUUCCCACAAUAAGCAUUAUUGCGUGUUCAAGAGUGUUCAUUUCUCACGUUUUUCUCAGUGUAUUUCUGCCAGUACACAAAAUUCUCUGUCUUCAUACAUCUCAUUUAAGAGUCCUAUGUCACUGUUGUAUGUUGUUGCUGUGUGUGAAAAUGUUAUUUUUUUUUUAUUUUUUUAUUUCUGUAGUCAAAAGUUAUUCUGUAGUGUACAGGGACAGAGCCCAGUCAAUUUAUUUUUUAACUGAUGCAUUAAUGACCUGAAAUUGGUUUCUUGUGUUUUAUGUUUUUCUUCUUCUUAUACUUGUUUACACAUAGGGGCCACUUUCGCGCAAUAUUAAUACUACGCACCUCUCCUUUUUUUUUAUAUGCAACGGUUUUAAAGGUAGGUUCCAAAUAGACAUAAAAAAUAAAAAAUAAAAAUAAAAAAUAUGAAGGAUGCCUAGCUCUUUCAAAAGUUAUGAAAUCUCUCUUUUUUUUUCUCUCUUUUUUCUAAAUUCCGGAUCUUGAAUUGAGAAGUGUUUGAUUUUGAAGUGCAAAUAAAUGAUUUUAACUUCAGUUAAAUAGUAAAUGGUAUUCGUGUAUUUGAACAAAAAAAAGAGGGAUUUGCAACUUUUUUUUUUUGCAAAAUUGAGAGAUUAAUAUAUAGUUGUAGAAGAAAAACAAAAAGACUAUAGGCUAUGAAAAUCUCUUUUUACAUGUAUUGAGGAUGGUAUUGUAAAUAAAUAUGACUACCGCCUCGGAUAGCUUUUCUUCUCAGAUGAAUUGCCUUUCUCUGCUUUUUAAGAGGUGUGUUCCGUGUGAUAGUAGGUGAAUAUUUCUCGACUUCUCCUUCCAAAUACAAUUUCCCCCAAAAAAUACCAAAAAAGAGAGAGAAAGAGAAAGAGUGAGAGAGAGACAGAGAGGAAAAAGGUUACACAGUUUGCACUCGGGUCAUAUGAUAGUGCAUUAGAGAGAGCCGAGGGAGUUUAGGCGCGUUGCACUGUGACGGAAUGUUCAUUUUCCUUCUUUCUCUUAGUUUUGUAUGUUGCACGUUUGACUGGUUUGAGAGGUAACUGUGAAGGGUUGGGCUAAUGUUUAGGUACAUCAGUUUCUUGUAUUGGUCAGUUAGUCUGUUUAUUUUUUUGCUUAGUCUUGUUUCAUCUUGUAUUUUAUUAUGUUUGAAUUUUAUUUGUGAUUACUUGUCGAAUAUUUCUCUUCAAGCUAAAAGUGAUUUUAUGCCUUAUUCUUAAAAGCAGUUUUAGAAUAUUUUCUCCAGUGAAUUGAUACACGUCUCACUUCUGUUUUGAAGCCGUACUAAAUCUAUUUUGAUAUGUCCAUCUGGAAAUACUAGUAAUCUGAAGAAUAAACUAGGCAAUAAAAGUUAUAUAUAGCUGUAGAGGCUAGAACUAUACAGUUAGCUAGAGUGACUAUAACGGAUUAGGGAGAAGUCGUCGGUAUUUUGCAACAUUUCAAGUUACGUGAAUUAUAAUACAGGAUGGUAUGUAAGCACUAAGUCUCCUACUCUUCUCAGUUACUAUUAAAUUUACUCUAAAACUCACUUUAAAGAUUUUAUGAACUUAUUUUCUCAUUGCUUUGUUUAUAAAUGUAAAUCUUAUUUUAGCUAAUCAAUUGGUGCUUAAUAUCUAUUUAUAGCGACAACAACAAAAUCUGUGCAUCUGCCAAACUAAGAGAAAAAGAUAGAUAUUGGAACUGUGUGACCAUGCGUUCUUUUUUUUUUUUGUCUCUUGUCGCUUGUUUGUGUUAAUUAGUAUGUUAAAAGGCUGGUUGAUCGUGCAGAGAAGAUUUGCAAAGCAAGACUGAUGUAGUAAUCAUUGAAAAAGAACAAGGAGAAGAAGAAGAAAAAGAAAAACUUGUUAGGUUUUUUGACUUUUUAAAGAUUUAUAUAACUGUGGUAUUCAAAGGAAUGUCUAGCUCAUGAUAUCAGCAUUUUUUUUUUCUUAAGACGAACGGUGCAUUUUUCCCCCCAGAGUAAAUAACUUAAGCAAAAUAGAUAUAUAUAUAUUAUUUUUUCUACCAUAUAUACUGUGAUAAGAAUGCUAUACCGUCUUGGAAUACAGCAGUUGCUUUGUGGUAGGCAUAUGUUUGUGUUAUAUCUAUCUAUUUCUGUUGCUGUCUCUUUCUCUCUUUUCCUAAUUAUGUAUUGUUUUUAUUUAUUACUGUCAAUAUUAUUUUCAUUUAUUGCUUAUGCAUACAUACUUAGUAAGCUAAAGGUUAAUGUGUGAAUAUUUGCAAAUUGAUAACAUUUGCCGGUGGUUUCUCCAGAAAAAAAUGGGGGAAACUGCUCAGAUAUUAGGCAUCAGCAAAAAGAAUUCGUAAUAUCUGUGCUUUUUUUCCACAUUCAUUGAGAGAAUUCAACAAUUAGCCCAUUAUGAUAACGAAUUUAUCACGUUGGAAUAUGAUUACUUAACAUAUAUGUGUGGCGGAAUUCAGAAUUAGUUGAAAAGUAAAAAAAAAUAAAAAACAGUUAGGAAUACUGAUUAAUAAUGUUUGAAGUAGAUUAACUCUUCCCAACGACUCAGGUAAAGCAAGAGGGUUUUCAAAAAUAACUGAGAAUUAAGAGUUGGUAAAUGAGUUUUGUAAUAUAACUGAAUAUUGGUUCUUUUUUUUGAUUGUCAUUUUUUUUUUUUUUUUUUUUUUUUUUUUUUUUUUUUUUUUUUCAAGUACCCCUCUUCCUUGUACAGUAAUCCUUUUGUGAAACUCGUUUAAGGUUGAACUUUCCUUCUUUUCCUCCCGGCUGAUUUUGAAAUGGAAUCACGACCAUAAACGCUACAAGCCUUUUCUCAUUCCUCUCAAAGUUUCUGACGUUUUUUGCGAAGGGUAGCGGUCGCGUUGUUGUGUGUGUUUCAUUGGUAAACACUUUUUUUUUGUCAUAGUGAUCAUGGCAAUAGUGUCCCAUCUUUCCCGUCACUUCUCCCCCUUUGCUAAAGACUCGGCAUCUCUCCUUUAAUCAACUCCCACGUGAACAAUAGGAAAAAAGAGUAAUGUUCAGUGAAAGGCUGUGAGAAAAGUAGGCCUUCCAUCCAUUGUUUUUAUGAUUUAUUAUCAUUGGUUUAUAUUCUUUUAGGAUGAAAUACUUAUCAGUAUAGUAUUUUAUUGCAAGACUUUGCAACCGUGUGAAAAAACAACAUAUUUUUUUUUUUUUUUUUUUAAUGCUUUACUGGGAGGUCAGUUUUGUAUUCCUUGCGUCAAGGCUUGAGCUGUCACACAUUGUGAAUCUUCCAGCAAUAUUUAAAGUAGGGCACAUAAAUUAUUUUGUAUUUAUGUUUUUUGUUUUUGUUUCUUUUAUUGCACAUUUUCAUAUUAAAAGAUUUUUUUUUUUUGGCCAAGGCUAUGUGAUGAAGAAGGGUGUGAUCCUGUAAGUACUUAAUGGCAAAUAUAGUGUAUGUGGCUCUGUACUUUGGAUGAGAUUCGGUUCUGCUUUUUUUUUUUAUUUGAUUUCGUCUUCCUUGAUUUUUUUUUGUUUUUGAAGAUUUGAAAAAUUCCGUAAACUUUCUUCUCGGAAAAAUUCUUUACACUUUCUUCUCCUCCUUCCUCAACCAACCCCAAAACUAACUCUUAGGGGUUAAGGGACAAGAUCUCAUCCAAUGUAUGGAACCAGAAGUUUGCAUAGUCAGAGGGGAAAUAGACCCUCAAAGAAAAGAAAAGAAAUGAAAAGAAAAGAAAGAGAGAAAGCAUGUUUGUUCUGCGGUGCUGGGAUCAUGUGUUGAAUAUAUAUGUAUUGCAAUAUAGUCUUCUGAUCACAGCAACCUGGCUGAUUAUUAUAUUUCACGUGCUUUUUACGGAAUCUUGUGUUGAAGAUGCUCAUCAUCUGUUAUCGUACCAAACUUGAGACGACGUCAUUAGUGUGUACAUUAUCAGAAAUAAAUCAUGUGAGCUAGU